AUGUCGGAUCACGAGAAUGCCGCUGAAAACGCUUCCGAGUUCCAAUACAAGCAACCACCACAGAAGACAAUCGACGAGCUGCUCAAGGCUGAUCAGGAAGACGAGUCACUCAAGGUCUACAAGGAGAAACUUCUCGGACAAGGAGUCGUUAUUGUCGACGAGAAGAACCCAUUACGUGUCAUCGUUCGCUCUGUGGAGCUCCUUAUCGAUGAAAAGACUGCUCAAUCGUUCGACUUGUCUGAUCCAGCAAAGCUUUUGAAUUCGGAUUUGUCGGUUAGCAUCAAAGAGGGAUCGAACUAUCGUCUCAGCUUUGCGUUCCACGUCCAGCGCGAGAUCACUUCUGGACUUCACUACAAGCACAAGGUGAAGCGUUCGGGAAUCACCGUUGAAAACGAGAAGUAUAUGAUGGGAAGCUAUGCUCCAAAGCUAGAAAUCCAGGGUUACAAGUCGCCAAAUGAGGAGGCUCCAUCGGGAAUGAUCCAUCGCGGAAAGUACAAGGUGCACUCGAAAAUCACAGAUGAUGACAAAAACGUCUAUCUUGACUGGCAAUGGACGCUUCACAUUACCAAGGAUUAA